AUGGCAGAGGUGGAAGCUCCUCAGGCGCGACAGAUCACUUAUUGUGGAGUAUGCACAUUACCCCCAGAGUAUUGCGAGUUCGGAGGCACGGCAAAGAAAUGCGAGGACUGGCUGAAAGACAACGAGUCGAACCUGUGGGAUAAAUUGUACUCCGAAGAUGCCCUGAAUGCCAACCUGUCCACCCUCUCCGUGUCUGCUCAAGAGCGUGCCGCCAAAGAUGCCGCGAAGAAAGAAGCCAAGGCGGCCGCCAGUGAGGCUCGCGACAGUGAGCGGAAGGCGGCCUCCAAGGUCAUCAUCAAACGGGUGGAGCGAAACAAGCGCAAAUAUGUCACCGUGGUGAUUGGACUCGAGGUCUUUGGACUGGAGAACAAGAAGAUCGCGAAGGACCUGGGCAAGAAAUUUGCUACUGGGUCCUCGGUAACCCGGUCCCCGGCCGGCGUGGAAGAAAUCACGGUACAAGGUGACGUGAGUGAUGAUCUCAGCGAUUGGUUGCUCGAGGUCCACGGAGCCAAGAUUCCCGAGGCCAAUAUCGAGUUCGUGGAAGAUAAGAAGAAGAAGAAGAGCGAGCAACCUAUCGUAUGA